AUGUCGGAGCUUGAUUAUGCGACGGAUGAGGACGUGGAGGAUGGCAAUACCUUUUCCUUUUGGCCUCCGGACGCGCUGGUAGCGCCCUUUCGCGCCCUUGUUUCGAAACAAGCACAGAAAGCCUAUCUGGGAACUCUCUUGUUUGUGAUAACUGCUAUAUGCAUGUUCUUUGUUUCGUCGGUUGCAUAUGGGAUAUUUUACUAUUGGUUCAUCCCGCAAAUUGGGCUUGCGCGCCCAGUGCAUCUACAGUUUGGUGAUGACCAACCUUGGGGUACCGCUUCCCUUGGGUCGGAGUUGGUCUCUAAGCAAGCGUACGAUGUCGCCGUGAAACUCGAAAUGCCGCGGACGCCAUCCAAUCUCGCUGCCGGAAACUUUAUGCUAGAUCUAUCUCUCUUUUCCCGUCCUUCAACAUCCGUCACCACUGGCCAGAACACAUCCUCGGAUCGGAUUGUGCACUCGCGCCGCCCGGCUAUACUGACGUAUACGUCGCCCAUGGUGGAUACCGCCAGCAAGAUGUCUUUCAUGCCACUGUAUGUACUGGGGUGGCAGCGUGAAGCAGAAACUCUGCGGGUGCCGAUGCUUGAAAAGAUUGAGUUCUCGCGCGGCUGGCGCAACCUUCCCGCGAGUUUACGCCUUGAAGUCCAUAGUAAGGAGCCGAUGCAGGUCUACUCGGCUCAGGUGGAAUUUCGAGCUAGGUUUACGGGGCUAAGAUGGGUCAUGUACAACUGGAGGAUCCUAUCGUUCUUGGUCUUCAGCUUCGGCUUCUGGAGUGUCUCCAUGAUCUCUUCAAGCAUUGCGUGGCUUGUCCUGGCUUCGAUAUGGAGCUCGAAGUCAGUGAAUCAGGUAAAUAUUAAGCGAGAGACACGCGGGAAGACUCCAAUCAAGGAGGAAUAUGAUGACGAGGCGGCGGACAUUUCUGCUCUUGACUCGCCUUCUGACUCUCACUCUCCGAAGCACCAGCCGACGGGUUGGGUUAAGAAAGAAGAAGACUUUGAAGAGGAGACGAAACGCUCUUAUAGCAGCGACACAGACGAAGAUAGUCGAGAUCGUGGUGGUGGUAGAGGGGCUUGGCCUUCUGAGAGUGGUGCAGGGACUGGCUUAGAGAGCGCAGAGGCGAGGGGCGUCCAGCGGCGCCGUAGCCGUUUAUUUAGGGAAGGCCAUUCCUCCUCCACCAAACAGUCUCCUUCUGCUGUUAUAAUCACAAUGCACAUUUUGGUAGUCAACGAUGACGGUCCUCCGUCGAACAAAUCUUCGCCUUACGUCCAUUCCCUCGUCCACACUCUUCAGUCCGCCGGUCAUGUUGUAUCAGUAGUCCUGCCUCAUCAACAGCGAUCAUGGAUUGGCAAAGCGCACUUGAUCGGUGCCUCUAUAAGACCGACCUACUUCCGUCCCGGCAACCUGCACGAAGACAAUGGCACUAUCCACGACUUUCCCCGCGGCGAUGACGACGAGGAGGGAGACGAGUGGCUUCUCAUCGACUCCACGCCAGCAAGCUGUGUCCAGAUCGGCCUUUUCCACUACUUCCAAGAACGCGGCCCCGUUGACGUGGUCGUGUCGGGUCCCAACUACGGCCGCAAUACGACUGCCUUAUUCGCUUUGGCGAGCGGCACAGUCGGAGGAGCUUUGGAGGCUGCGCACUGUGGGAAACGCGCCAUUGCCCUUUCUUAUGCCUUUAGCUCGCGCAACCAUGACCCCGUUGUGAUCGCUGAAGCAUCGGAGCACUCGGUGAAGUUGAUUGAAUACCUUUGCGAGAACUGGGCGGAGGGAGUGGACCUGUAUAACAUCAAUGUGCCUCUGGAGCCGGGGAUGAGCAAGUGCAAGGUGCUAUACACCACUAUGCUUGACAAUAGGUGGACUGGCAGCUGCUUCCAAGCUGUUGAUGCAGCGCUCCCGGAUGAGACUCCUCAGCUGCAGGAGCAGAGGCUGCGGGACCAGGGUGAACGACUGCGGGAGAAGCCCACUGCCGCUGCAGGAACAGGGCCACGUAGGAAGAUGCGGUUCCAGCAUAAGCACUUUCAGUGGAACCCUGAUUUCACAGAUGUGUGGAAGAGCGUGGAGGCGAGUGGACCGGGCAAUGAUGGUCGCGCUGUGCGCGAGGGAAUGACAAGCGUUACCCCUCUCAAGGCCACUUUCAUGCGUACACCAGGCAUCCAAGGCGAAAUUAAGCUCUCAGAUAAUGAUGAACCUGCAUUAUAUUCCAUCGUGGACAGCGACGAUCCCUACGUGCAGAGUCUGAUGGAACAAGCCUUACAGCGUCGCCUUCGCAAAGGACAGUAUCAAAUCAUAUCGAAGCUGUCCGAUCUUCCUUCCCCCUCCGCCCCUCUCUUUCAAUAUCGCGAAUACGAACGGCUGGACUUUGAGCAUGCGAUGGUGAACUCAACUAUCUCCUUGGUCAACGCCUAUAUCAUCCGGAAAGCGCUGAUUCGCAAGCACUACCUCUCCAACACAGUGGCCAACUGGGUCACCAAGCACCCUAACAGCGUCCUACGGAAUCAUUUCAAGUUCGCGUACGACUUCGAGCUAGACUACGCCGAGUUCCUCGACGAAGCCCUGCUCGAGGCAUACGAGCUCCGCGACAGCCUGGACAGGAACGAAGGCAAGCCGGAGUCAGACAAGGAAUGGUGGAUUCUGAAAGCAGGAAUGAGUGACCGCGGACAAGGCAUCCGUCUCUUCAACAGCGAGGAUCAACUACGCGAGAUAUUCGAAGAAUGGGAGGAGGACGACUCGGACGAUGAAAGCGAAUCCGAGAAUACCGGUCGACGGGAAAACCAGGACCAGGAUGGGAAAGAGGACGGACAAGGCGUCGUCACCUCCCAACUACGCCACUUCAUCGCCCAACCCUACAUCGACCCUCCCCUCCUUCUACCCUCCUCGUCGAACCGCAAGUUCCACAUCCGCACUUAUGUGCUGGCUGUCGGCUCAUUGAAGGUCUACGUCUACAAGGAGAUGCUGGCUCUCUUCGCCGCGAAACCAUACUGUCCUCCAUGGGAAGACGAAGACGAGGUCAUCGAUCUCGCCAGACACCUCACAAACACCUGUUUCCAAGAAGGCGGCAGCACCAACGAAGGAAGCGUCCGACGGUUCUGGGAUCUUGAUCCUCAUGUACCCGGAUUGAGCCACGACUGGAAAGAGAAGAUAUUCGACCAGAUUUGCGCUGUCGCCGGAGAGGUUUUCGAGGCGGCCGCACGAGGCAUGAUGGUUCAUUUCCAGACCCUGCCAAACGCCUUUGAGCUCUUUGGCGUUGAUUUCCUCGUCGACAAGGAUGGUGUCCCGUGGCUGCUGGAACUGAAUGCUUAUCCAGACUUUGGUCAGACUGGUGAAGAGCUGAAGGACCUCGUUGUUGGCCGCCUCUUUGAGGAAACUGUCGAGGUUGCCGUCAAACCUUUCUUCGGUGUGGGUGAUUCAUCAGUAAAAGGAACAAGUGACUUGAGCCUGGUUGCCGAUCUCGAACUGGGCAGAAAAGGUUAA